GCUGUAGAAGGAAACCGUACUAUGGAGUACUUGAACAACAGGAGUGGGUAAAACUGCGUGAAGAGUGAGUGCAAAGAUGGCAUUCGAUUUGCAGGGAAGGUAAUAAAAGGUUCAUUCUCAACUGGGUUACAGGGCUGUGAUUCCCAUCCGCCUCUUUCAGAUUUUAAGCACAAGGUACGUUUAUCAGUCUGGGGCUUUGGGGGAGCUUUGCCAAUCGGUUAGACGAGGAGCCAAAAUUAGUCUGAGCCCGAUUUUAAAUAUUCACACAGUCUGCAUUAGAAGAUUAUUUAUUUUGAGAUUAAUGCAGAGGAAUUCCACUGGCGUCACGACAGAAAGAAGCUUUCUUUGUGACGUCUUGGACUUUGCGCAUCCGCAGCUUCUCAAUGACUAACGAAAACUGGAAGCGAGGAUCUCAAUCCAGGGUGAGCUACAAUAGAGGGGGAAAGGCGAGAAAAAGCCGGGGCUAGAUGAAAACACCGAGAUCCGCCACUCUGCUGCAAGACUGGCCCAGGCAGGAUUCACAGCAUAAUGAUAGCAACUGCUUUCCACCAAUAGCCUGGAUGAAUCAUGAGCUAAUCAGUUAAGACUUAAAGGAAUGAAUCAUAUACCACCAUCGAUGGCCGUUCAGUCUGUAGCCCUGUCCUUGCGUUCUGAAGGAGCUGUGGUAAUCACAGGAAAAACACUACACUGGUUGGAAGCAGACCUAGAUCGAAGAAAGGUAGUUGUGGCAGUUAGAUGCCAAUCAUCUCACUCCUAGGCUACCACUGCAGGAGAUCCUCGGAGCAGUUUCCGAGACCCAACCAAAUGUUAAGCACCAUUCACAACUCCUCAGCUACUGAAGCAGCUCAUGUUCAUAUGAAGCAAGGCCUGGAAAACACUCAGGCUUAGGUGGAUAGGUGGCAAGUAACAUUCUUAGCACACCAGGUUUUGACCAUCUCCACCAAGAGAGAAUCUAAUCAUCUCCCUAUCAACAUCCUUGUGAUUACGAUUGACCAGAAACCGAACUGGACCAGUCCUAUAAAUACUGUGACUACAAGAGCAGGUCAGAGGCUGGGAAUUCUGUGUGAGUAACUCACUAACCAAGAACUGUCCACCAUAUACUGUCAGGAGCAGUGGAUGGGUGCCUGGAUGGGUGCAGUUCCAAAGGCACUCAAAGGAGCUGGACACUAUCCAGGAUAAAGCAGCCUGCUUGGUCAUCACCCCAACUACCAUCUUAAACACUAUUUCUCUCCACUACUGAAGCACAGUAUUUGUAUCAUCUACAAGAUGCAGUGCAGCAACUCACCAAGACACCUUCACCAACAUGACCUCUAUCAUCAAAAAGAACGAGGGCGGCAAGCCUCUGGGAUCACUGGCACCUGCAGCUUCCCCUUCAAGUCACAGACAUGUUAGAAAUAUAUUGCCCUCCCUUCCUUCAUACUGGGUCAACAUCCUGGAGCUCCUUUCCUAACCGCACUGUACGUGUACUUGCUGCCCAUAGGACUGCAGUGACCCAAGAAACUCAACACAACCUUCUUGAGGGUAAUUAGAGACUGGCUUUGUCAGUGACACUCACAUUCCAUGAAAAUAAUAUUUCUGAAAGUUCAACAAAAUGAUGUAUUUAUCAACUGCGAGGCUCCAGCAAGGCCACUAGUGCACAUUUGGCAAUGGUUUCUGCCAGUAUUUUCUGCAUAAGAUGCUCAAUCAUUCUCUCUGCAACUUUGAAUAUGUGGUUAUUGUGAUCUUUUAAACAAUUUGCAAAUCUAAUCUCGACGUGCAGCAUUAUAUCACAUUGAGAAUGCCUUGAUGUCAGCAUCACUGACGAGGCCAGUAUUUAUUGUCCAUUCCUAAUUCUUCAGAGGGCUACUGAGAGUCACCUAUGUUGCUGUUGGUCUGGAGUCAUGUGUACACCAGACGAGAGCACCUUCUUACUGGACCGCCAUGUGGUUUCCUGUAACACACCCGACCAAACAGGCUCCAACCUGACUGAAGAUGCUUGCAGCAAAUCAACCAGAGAGGCCAUGCAACAUAAUGAAUGGUGCUUCGACCAGAAGGAGAGGAAGGGACGGAGGAGGAGACGAAGCGGCGGACCGGUGACGCUGCUGCCGAAGGAGACAGACUCGGGGCGUGCUGGGGGACCUUGGUGGAGCCGAUCUUUUGUAUCCAGCUGUGCUGUACCUCAGCUGGCUGAGACUGUUCAGCUAUCACUGCCAUUAUUGACUGGAGCGGCUUUACUAACACCACACACACGCACACGUACAGAUCCUAAAGGAAAUUUAUUGCAAUCACCUCCGAGCACCGGAAAGACAAAAAUGCGUUCUGAUUCCCCCCACUCCUCAGUUAAUGCAACUCCAAACCCCAAAUGCCCGGCAAAGAGAAGAAGAAUUUCUUUCCAGAGCAUAUUUAAUGGCAAAUCCAAAGCAAAGGAGAAGCAGGAAGUAUCUGUUGCCAGCAUCGAAAGCAUCCACAUUGAAGUGGCAGAGACUGAAAAGAAACUGCACGCGUCUGACAGCCGGACGACAUUAACAUCUUCAGAUUCAGCAAGGAAGGUGCUGUCCGGCUUUCUGGAAUGCCCCCUCUGUUUAGUGCGUCAUCCGCAGGAGAAUGUGCCCGAAAUUAUGACCUGCCACCACCGUUCCUGCCUCGACUGUUUGCGCCAGUACCUGCGCAUCGAAAUCACAGAGAGCCGUGUGAAUAUCAGCUGCCCUGAGUGCUCGGAGCGGCUAAAUCCGUAUGAUAUCCGGAUGAUACUGAAUGAUCAGGCGCUGAUGGAGAAAUAUGAGGAGUUUAUGCUACGUCGGUACCUGGCUUCUGACCCGGACUGUCGAUGGUGUCCAGCCCCAGACUGUGGGUAUGCUGUGAUUGCCUAUGGAUGUGCAAGCUGUCCAAAGAUCACCUGUGGGAGAGAUGGCUGUGGCACAGAGUUUUGCUAUCACUGCAAACAGCUCUGGCACCCAAAUCAGACCUGUGAUAAUGCUCGCCAGCAGAGGGCGCAAAGUCUUCGGAUUCGUACAAAACAAACGUCAGGCCUGAGCUAUGGCCAGGAACCAGGCAGUGCAGAUGAUAUCAAGCCGUGCCCACGAUGUGGGGCUUACAUCAUUAAAAUGAACGAUGGAAGCUGUAAUCACAUGACAUGUGCUGUUUGUGGCUGUGAGUUCUGCUGGCUUUGCAUGAAGGAGAUUUCUGACCUCCAUUAUCUUAGUCCCUCUGGCUGUACCUUCUGGGGGAAGAAGCCAUGGAGCAAGAAGAAGAAAAUUCUCUGGCAGCUUGGCACAUUGAUCGGUGCUCCAGUGGGCAUUUCUCUCAUUGCUGGAAUUGCCGUGCCAGCUAUGAUUAUUGGCAUCCCAGUUUAUGUUGGUCGGAAGAUUCACAGUCGCUACAAAGGAAAGAAGACUUCAAAGCACAAAAGGAAUCUGGCAAUUACUGGUGCAGUUACCCUAUCUGUUAUUGCUUCUCCUGUGAUAGCAGCAGUCAGUGUAGGAAUUGGAGUUCCCAUCAUGUUGGCUUAUGUUUAUGGCGUGGUCCCAGUGUCACUUUGCCGUGGUGGUGGAUGUGGAGUCAGUACAGCCAAUGGAAAAGGAGUGAAGAUUGAAUUUGAUGAAGAUGAUGGACCAAUUACAGUUGCUGAUGCUUGGCGUGCUCUGAAGAACCCCAGCAUUGGAGAGAGCAGUGUCGAGGGACUGACCAGUGUUCUGAGUUCUAGUGGCAGCCCCUUAGAUGGUGUGAGUGUAAUGCAGAGCAACUAUAGUGAGACUGCCAGCUUUGCAGCUUUAUCAGGGGGCACACUGACUGGAGGAGCACUAUCAGGGAGCAAUGGACAGCACGGCAGGUUGGAGAUUCAGACUGACAUUAAAAAAGGCUACAAUUUGAAUAAAGAUUCCAUCAGCCUUGGAGCAACCAGUGAUAAUGCCAGCACUAGGGCGAUGGCAGGUUCAAUCAUCAGCUCAUACAACCCACAUGACAGGGAGUGCAAUAAUCUAGAAGUGCAAGUUGACAUUGAAACCAAACCCAGCCACCUUUGUUUAACUAGUGGUAGCAGCAUUGAUGAAUCACUUCAUAUCCACACUCAGUCAGUGGAGGGACUCUGCUGUGAAGAGAAGGCCAACUCUUACAAUAGUGAUCACAGAGACUGUGUCACAAGUAAAACCUGCGAUGUGACUCUUGCUCAACCAGAGAGCAUAAAAAGUGAUGAAGAUAGCACAGACACUCAGUCAGAUGAUGUGCCCGACAUUAGUUAUGAUGAAUGUGAUCCACCCAGUCCAAUGAAUGGCAGCCAGUUGGAGAUUGCUGCUUCAGAUGUCAAACUCUUAAAUGAUGAGAGCGUGGACGGUUAUGUUGAUGAACAAAGGGAAUACAUUUUUGACAAAGAUGGGCAGCCAACAGUGACUGUAUACUAUGUUUAAACAUACAACCCUCACAUAACUCAUCAACACAAAACAUGCACCUUAUUUUUCAGCAUAUGGAAUUAUAUUAAAUUUGAUGUCUCAAUAUAAUGUGCUUAAAUGUUCAAGAUUUCAUUGCACAAUCACAUUUUUGACAUAGUAAAUAAAGGUAUUAAUUGAUUAUUUUUUGUGAAUCCUGUUAGCACUUCCACUGUUACUUUUGCAUGAAUUUAAGCAGCACUGUUUCUUUCUCAGAAUUUUUUCCCAGCAAAAAUACCUGUCUUACAGGGAUGACAGACGUUUCAGAAUUGUUCUUGAUCAUCCCAAAUGUGAAGUUUUCUUCUUGAUGCCGGCUGAUGUUGGAGUCCUGCCCUUUCUGACCUGUAAAACAUGCAUUCUAAACAAAUCAUUUGCAAGAAGGAUAAAUACACCAGUCACCACAUUUAGGAUCUGUAUGGGCUCUGACAUGCAGGAUGCCAUGUCUCAAUGUGGUUGCAUUCCAAAUGAGUACAUUGAAAGGUAAAAUAAUGAAACUAGUCUUUUAAUUUGGAUUUUCAAUUCUCACUUCAAGCUUAGAACAUACGUCUAAACAGCUGGAGUUGUCACUACAAAGUCAGUCGUACUGGUGUCAACUCCACACACACAGGCAGCUGUAGAUUUUAGUUUUUUUUUGAGGGGAACAGGAAUAUCUGUCUCUGAGAAACUGGAACAAAUGGAAGUCUCAUUCGGACUAGGUUUGAUCCAUGUCACCAUGUAUUUUAGGAUGGUUUAUUAAUACCUCCAGUUUGCAUGGAUUUCCAAAAUCCACCCAUUAAAAGUCUUUAUUCUUCUUGGGUGAUUUUUAAAACAGGAAAUCCUAUUUCAAUUGGAUAUGUUUUGACAGUCCCAACAAUAUCUCAGUGCCUGAAAUGCCUUUUUACAACCUGGAAGGUACUUGUGACAUUUUUGCACUAUAGUUUUCCAGGGACCACUCUACUGCCUAUGAGAUAGUGUAAGAGCCUAAUGUAUAUACUUUAGUGGCUACCACAAUUCAAAGUAUUCCAAUUUAGCUAUCUGGGCAUUGAUUGUCACACUACAAUAAUAACUUGACACUGACCAGGGCACUUUAAUGUCUCAAAUCAGCCUGUUCUGUUUUAAAUAUGGUUUCUGUUUGCAUAUAUCUCAUGGUGAAUGUUACAAGGUUAAAAUGAAAUGGACAAAACCUAUAAAAUCCUUAACUUAUGAUGUUUUGAACCAAACUAAACUGUAAUUGUGUUUUCUGAUUUAUUAAAUGCUACUGUGGAUAUUACAUUGCUUCAAAUACAGUCUCGUAUUAAAACCAAGAGAGAACUCUGUUCUGAUUAAGUAGGCAGCAGCAGUGUUUGCUGGACUAAUUAACUAUUCCAAUUUUUUUAUUUCCCCUGGGCUAAUUUCAGCUGGGAAGCAAUAGUCAUAGUGCAAUUGUACUUAGCACCCCAAGCUAACUCAAGUCAGGCAGAGUUCCCUCUUCUGACUCCUGCUAGAAAGUUUACAUGUGUAAUUCUCAAAUGAGAGCAGGAUGGGACAUGGCUGUGAAGACCUGUCUAGCUGAGCUUGUUGAGUGCUCACAUUCAUGUGUCUGGGUUUACACCAAAAGCCACUUGACCGGGUUUGGUGUCUGUAGAGCCAUGCUCCAGCAGAUCAGUGCCUCUAGGACAGCAGGGGGAGUAAUAUUGCAAAGUACCUUUUUAAUGAAGCUUUAUUUAAUUAUUUGUGAAAUGUCACUCCCUGAAAAGCAUGCAAAGCUACAGGUUCUUCAACUCCCUGAUCCUACCACAGUGCCACAAAGCACACAAUAACAGUGCAAGCAAGAAUCUGUGAUCAGAGCAGUUCCUUUGUUAUUUUAAAACUACUUUAUUAUUGCUUUAUGUAAAUACAAAGAAAGUAAAUUAAAGGAGAAUUGUCUCUGACAUUAA